AUGCAAACAGAGGAGGCAAAAAAAAAAAAAAAAAGUCACAACGAUUAUUACCUCCAACAGAAAGAGAGACCACCAAGUCCAAUUGAAAUACAAUAUAAUUCACAUAUAACCCAUUUCUGGAUCAUGGCUAGACCACUUGCAGUACCACCACAUCUCAAUCCAUUGAGAUUGAAAACAACAUUGAAAAUGGCAAUAAGUAAAUUAAAGUUUAUCCAGGAGAAGAAAACUGCCAUCACCAAGCAACAAAGACGUCAAUUAUCUGAGUUAUUAUCUCAAGGAAAAGAGUCGAGUAGUAAGAUCCGAGUAGAAAACAUAAUCCGCGAUGACAUAUAUAUUGAAUUAUUGGAGAUUUUAGAAUUGUAUUGUGAGUUAUUAUUGGCACGUUUACCGAUAUUGUUAGAACGAACUACAGUUGAAAAGAAUUUACAGGAAGCCGUUAAUAGUAUUAUUUAUUCUGCUAACCAUACAGAAUUGAAAGAAUUGAUCACAAUUAAAGACAUUUUGAUAUAUAAAUUUGGUGGACCUGAAUUUGCUCAGCCAAUAUUAGAUAACAAAAAUGGCGAAGAAGUACCGGAAAAAGUUGUUAAACGAUGUGACAUUGAACCGCCAAGUGAAACAUUGGUCGACUUGUAUUUAUGUGAAAUAGCAAGAGCUUAUAAUGUACCCUACAGUGGAUUAAAGGAAGAAGAGGCAACUAAUGCCACGGGUGAUAAGAACAAUAAUGAUGACAAUGAUGAUGAUGAUGAUGAUGAUGGAGGACAGAAAGAAUUUGGGUUAGCGGAACCGUUGGGUGGUGUGGCAGUCAAACCUGUCUUUAAGAAUCACGAUCCUAAAAUACAGGAAGAAUCUGAUUUCGAUGCUUUAAAAGCUAGAUUUGCUGCAUUAAAAGGAACUCUGCCAUAG